AUGAAUUCCUUCCAGCCCAAGAGGCGCCUCAGUGAUAGCAUAUGGAAGGGUAGAACCGGUCCUUUAGGCUCUGUGGAGCCCUUACAUGGUCGUCCCAAGCGCAUGCUGUACUCUGUUCUUCGCUUGGUGGUGCUGCUAGUCGUGCUAUUUGAGAUUCUGCGACUCGGUGGCAUCUCAAGGUGGCCCUGGCAGUCAAGAUCCCAACAGGGCACUUUCGAUAAAGUGCAUGCCUCGAUACCAAUGACACCAAUUGAGCCGACCUACCCACCCCCUGCGCCCGUAGUGCCCCUCCAUGAACACCCAUCGCAGACCUUCGAAGACGACGACACCGAUGAACAGACAUACAAAAGGCCAGCUGAGCCAGCUGAGGUCCCACCACCGGUAGGUCCGGAUACAUAUGGUGACCCAGUGUGGGCGAAUUUCGGUUUCCUUGUCCGGUACUUUGGAGGGCUGAGAGCUCUAACCACCCGCAGCUCUGCAGCCGAAUACCCCCCAUGGGGAUCACAACCCUCAAACGGAAAUCACUGCUAUGCUGUAUGCGGAGCAACAGGGGUAUAA